AUGGCCACUAUCCUUAAGGCAUUGAAAGAGCAAGAAGUUAUUCCAGACGUGAUUAAGAAUGAGCAAUUCCAACCCGUCGGUGAGUUUGCCAUCAAAUACACUACCGAAGAAUCAAAAGUUUUGAAUGCUCAAUUGGGUAGUUAUCUUACUCCAUUGGAAGCCAAGUCCAAGCCAACUACUAUCAAUGUUAAAUUCUUUGAUGAAAGCUUAGACUUGGAACACGACAGAUUCACCUUCGUGAUGACAGAUCCUGAUGCUCCUUCUAGAACUGAUAAAACAUACAGUGAAUAUUGUCAUUACGUGGAAACUGAUAUCGAUUUGUCUAAGGCAGAUGCGGAAGGCUGGAGACCAAUCGGCAAUGGUAAAGUCGUGUCUUCUUAUAUUGGUCCUGGCCCACCACCAAAGACAGGCAAGCAUAGAUACGUCUUCUUGCUAUACAAACAACCAAGAGACUUGACAAAAUUCACUGAAGUUAAAGGUCAGUUUAACUGGGGAUAUGGUAUCCCAGGUGUUGGUGCUAAUAAAUGGGCCAGCGAAAACAAGUUGGACUUGGUGGCUGCAGAUUUUUUCUUCUCUGAAAACACCGAUUAA